AUGUCCAAACAAAACACACAAAUACAACCCCCCACGGAGGUUCAACCUCCUCAAGGAUUCGAGAACGUCCUUGUUGCAGUCGAUGUGCCAGUGAUGGUUCACAUCGGCUCUGAUUCCGAGCACGAGCCUGUUGUUGCAACUUUCUUCACUCGCAUGUAUUAUCCCGCUCAAGUUGACGUGCAACAAAUGCAACAAAUGCAACAAGCGCAAGAGUUGGAGCAGUUGCAGCAAUCAUAA